AUGCAUUUUGUGCUUUUCUUCUGUUUUUAUACGAUGUGUCCUGAGUUUCUUUGCUCCUCCGUUCUCAGGCGCUACAUUCUGUAUUACCCAGGGAUCCUCCGAGAAGUCUGAAACAGUCGUGUGUCGGCUCUCCAACAACCACAGGUAUCUGUUUCUAGAUGGGGACAAUCAUUAUGAAAUUGAAGUUGCUCGAAUUUCCACAGUUCAGAUCCUCACAGAGGGGUUCACACCUGGAGAUAUUCACACAUACACCAGCCUGCUGGAGAGCCAGUGCGUAAUUGAAGGGGGGAACAGUCGAGCAACAGGGAUGCUCAUUCAGUAUAAACCUCAAGGCUCCGAAGAGCUCCUACAGAUGAAGUUUACAACGAGCGAAGACUUUAACAGUAACAAAAAGAUGUCUGCAUCUUGGCUGGCCGCAAUGCACAAGGCUGCCAAGCUCCUGUAUGAAUCUCGGGACCAGUGAUUGAAGAGGAAAGGCUGCGCAGUGCAGAGUUUUAUAUGUAAUGGGCAUCAUUUGAUGCCAUCUACUUGCUCCUCUUUCCGCACACUAUGUACAGACUUCUAACUGCGAGAGUUUCUCACCGUAAUCGUGCAAUACCUAUACAUAUUAAUGCUUCAGACCCUACGUUCACAGGCAAGGCUGGAGAGCUUUAACCUUCACUCCUCAGCCUUUCUGUUUCAGCAGCUUUCGAUCCUGUAGCCAUUUUGACAUUCGUAUGAGCCUCAGCAGAACGCUCCUCGGACGUCUUGCGUCACCGUGGAAGAAUGAAGACUUUCUACACUAGAUCUCAGGUUCUUUUUCUCUCUUCUACAAAGCACUAAUGUUCUGGGCAAUAUGAUAGGAGUGGAUUGUAGUGAAGUGACAUUUGGGGCAGUAUUGCAAUCUGAGCCCCAUCUCCGAGUAAAGUGCCCAGGGUUUACCCGAUACCUGUACUUGUGAGAAGCAAGGGGCACCAGCUGCAUAAAUGUAUGAAUGUUUACUUCAGCUCAUGUUUAGUGUUGAGCGAACUUCUGUUUUAAGUUCGGCGUCUAAAGUUCGGCUUCUGGUUAGCGGAGAAUCCCGAAUUCCGUUGUGGUCCAUGGUAGCGGAAUCAA